GUGAAUAGAGGUUACCAAUCUCUUUCCGUCUUAAUACCAAGGCUGUCCAGGACACACCAAGCUUGCAUUCGCGGUCUCUCUGGCUGGUGUCGGAGCGUCCGACCCCUACUCUUGCGCGCCGACUGUCGCCCGUAGCAGCAAUUUGACGGUUCUCCGACAUCUUCAUCACAAAGAAAGAUGUCAACACAAGUAUGGCGAACCUCGAUACCAGAAAGACUGGCCGGCACAACCAGGACUCGGGGCCCAGACACAGCAGGCACGUUACUGCACUUCAUAUACCCGCAGACCAGACGCUCUCUUCACGCGCCAAGCGAAGUUGCUUUAGCGCAUGUGAAUCAGAGGCAGAGGCUCAUUGGGUCACAGCGGAGGGCAAAGACAUGGAAGGGAAGAUCAAAAUGGAUCAUGAGGCUCAAAGAAACGCUCAAGUAGCUCCGUUGUGCCCUGCUCAGGCGACGCAGAGAGAACGCAAACCUCAGAGAGCUGCCGACAUCAUACAUCAGAGUGUAUGUGCGUGCACGGCCGAAUUUCGUUAAUCUCCUUCAAAAGAUGUGUCUGUUCCUUGUGAUGUAGUGAUGAACGAUGAUGGAUGGUCUGGACUCCAGACUUCCAGUUUGCUUAGCAGGUGCAUGCCCUCUUUCCCCCGCACGUG